AAAUCCAUUAAAUUAUUGUUCCAUAUAAAGCCUUCAUCUUCGACAAAACCCUAGAUUUAGGGACAGCUAACUCGAUAGCAAAAAUGGUGCAGCGUCUCACAUAUCGCGCCCGGCACAGCUACGCCACCAAAUCCAACCAGCACAGGAUCGUCAAAACCCCUGGAGGGAAGCUAGUGUACCAGACCACUAAGAAGAGGGCCAGUGGGCCCAAGUGCCCUGUUACCGGCAAGAGAAUUCAAGGGAUCCCUCACUUGAGGCCUACUGAGUAUAAGAGGUCCAGAUUAUCUAGGAAUCGCAGGACUGUUAACCGUGCUUAUGGAGGUGUGUUGUCUGGAGGUGCCGUCAAGGAAAGGAUCAUCAGGGCCUUUCUGGUGGAGGAACAAAAGAUCGUGAAAAAGGUGUUGAAGAUUCAAAAGACGAAGGAAAAGCAAGCUGCAAAGACCAAGUGAAAUCAACCGAAUUUUAAGUAGUUUCUACAGACUACGCUGAUUUUGGCUUAUGGUGCGGGAAGUAAUUCAAGGUGUUCCAAUUUGUGCUUUCACAUUUUGUUGUGGAUGGUUUAAGUUAUGAUGUUGAGUGCUUCAUUUUGUUCGGAAAUCCAUCCCACCAUGGAAUUUCCUGUUUUGUAUUGGUAACAUGUACGUUUUUGAAUUAUUUGUGUAAUGUCAGAUUUACUAGCUUCA